AUACUCAUCUCCGUGAAAAGCAUCGAACUCGAGAUUCGUCGUCGACUGGAAAUUCGAGAACGCUUCGAUAAUAUCGCAUAGCAGCUUGAUCCUAGGGAAUUUCGGGUUGUCGAGAAGGAGAAGGACGGAGGCUGCAGCUGGUGCAUGGGCGCAUGCAAGACAGAAUACGUUGCUUUCUCACUCAGGAGUAAAGUGGUUGUGCGUGCGGGUGCGCUUUUAUCAAAUCGAUAAAUUCCUGUGGCCUUCGUCUUUCUUCCCAACAGAUCAAGCCUGAACUGUCAAGUCGCUGACUUCAGGUUCAUUCAGGGACUCAGGCGCUCCCUCUCUUGGCAGUCUGGCUCUUGGGAAACUAUCACUUUCUGCAUUUGUGUAUAAAAUAUUAGACUGAGAACAUCAUGUAAUUCAUUCGUUCGGAAAUCCUGAAAUUGUGUCUUUCACAACUUUCGAUAUCCUUGUGCUCCAGAGUGUGGUCCAAUCCGCAGGCGAUCCGACCGAUCCGUGGGAUCUGAACUCCCAGUCACUUUGACGUCGGCGUGGAUGUCCUCCAGGAGUUCGAUCUUGACUUCGUUAUCUCUCGGCUCAACGAUUCUGCAUCUACAUCGUCGACAGCAGCAUUUAACAUCGCUUUGAUGCACCCUGUGUACAUGCACAUGGAUCUAGAUUAAUGAUAUUCCUUAUGCGUGUGUUAUUGAUACCUAAUUCAAAUCGAAUAACUCAGUAUUAACAGGGUCCUUCUAUUCUUCGAGAAUGAUGGAUCAAAGUGGGCCAAUGACACCGGAAUCUCGUUGAAGUUACACCUGUUCGUGAUUAAUCAGUGAUAUUACGACUAUUUCAUCGUACGAUGAACUCAAGCGAUUAUCUGGAAUGGUCCUAGCUGUGUCAGUUAACACCAGACUCAAUUACCUAAUAAGAUAUUGCUGAAACGAUGACUCGACACCCUUGUUGAGUUCAGAUAUUCAGGAUUUCACGGAGUUCAGGUGAUUCUAUGACAUGUCGGAGAUGUUCAGCUGUCCUAGAGAGGCUGUACGGGUCAAAGUUAAGAAAUGCGAGACACGACAUCAGCCAGAAUACCGGAAGUUCAGCGUGGAUCCUCAAAUCACAUCGAUCGAGGUUUUACAAAGUAUCCUAAUCAAGGCAUUUGAUAUUAAAGGAGAAUUCACGGUGUCUUAUCGAGCAAUAGACGAUUAUGGCUCGGAAACGUAUUUAUUUCUCUUAUCCGACUGGGACCUCGAUGCUGCAUUUAUCAGUGCUUCGGAGCCAUAUCUCUACCUUCAAGUCAAUCUUAAGCCUUUUGGCGAGUCAGGCGACUGCGAAUCCGACUGGGAGCAAAAUGCUCAGGAAGUGGCUACCAGACAGGAGUCCGGUUUUCCUUACAAAACUCCAAAAUUACCAGGACUCAUAAUGAACAAGAUGGAGAGAACCCUGAGCCUGGUGCAACGUGCUCUAGGAAAUUUGGGCGAGGAGUCGCACCAGACUAUUCAACCUCCCAGGCCACCGCUCAUGGAUGCUGAGUUCCGAAGAUUUCUCGAUCCUAUUGGCCAAGUGAUACAUUCCAAGGAGCUUAGAGCUGUCAUAUAUUUUGGUGGAAUUGAACCGAGUUUGCGUAAAGUAGUAUGGAAGCAUAUACUCAAUGUGUAUCCCGAGGGUAUGUCAGGUCGAGAGAGGAUGGAUUACAUGAAGAGGAAGGCUCUGGAGUAUCAAAAUCUUCGAGAAAGAUGGAGGAGUCUCGUUCAAAAGGGACAGAAUAUUGGCGAUCUGGGCUACGUUACGGGGAUGGUACGAAAGGAUGUUCUUCGGACUGACAGACAUCACAAAUUCUAUGGCGGAUCGGAUGACAAUCAAAAUACCGCCAGUUUAUUUAAUAUAUUGACCACGUAUGCUCUGAAUCAUCCCAGUGUCAGUUAUUGCCAAGGUAUGAGUGACCUGGCGUCGCCACUUCUGGUUACGAUGAGGGACGAGGCUCAGGCUUAUAUUUGUCUUUGUGCUUUGAUGCGAAGACUUAAAGAUAAUUUCAUGCUGGACGGUAUCGCUAUGACUAAAAAAUUUGCUCAUUUGGCUGAAGGUCUGCAACACUACGAUCCGGAUUUUUAUGCUUACCUGAAAUCACACCAGGCGGAUGAUCUGCUGUUUUGCUACCGCUGGCUGCUCUUAGAAAUGAAGAGAGAAUUUGCUCUGGAGGAUGCACUCAGGAUGUUGGAAGUUCUCUGGGCAGCUUUACCAGCUUCACCUCCAAACGGGGAACUCUCUCUUGCAGAAGUCCCGUUUCCCCCAGCUUCACCUCCACCCAGUCCGAAUGUUAAACAGAUUCGAGAGAAUGCUUACACAAAAGUCUGUGCGAUCAGAAGACAGAGUUCCUCGGCGAGCAUCGCCAGUGGUAGGAGAAGAAAUCUCAGUUCGGAUGAGCCACCGUUAGAGACAACCAGUGAGAAUGGUGAAUCCAAGAGAUCGAUCUCACCUUACGAAGCGUUCUCCGAACCAGAGAAUGAUUUGACUUCCGUGAAAAAUCGGAAAAACAUUUCGACCGAGAAGUGCCUGAGUACCGAUUCCCUACAAAGUAAGACGAAGCGAAGUAAUUUAUUAGAGCUAAAGGAUCGUCUGACUUUGGUGAACAGAGAGAGAGGCGACAUGGGAGAUGCCGAGAAAAAAUGUGCGAGGGUUGUAAAGAAUCUAAACGAAUUUUUGAAUUUUACGACUCUGAACAAGAGUAAAGUCACGCCGAGUGACGAGAGGGAGCUCAGGCGGGUCUCCAGUGAGAGCGGAGUCGUCAGGGUCGUCCGGGAUGAAACGAGUUCACCGGACGAUUCAACAGACUUCUUCCCAAUGACUACUUCCAUGACGAGAGAACUGAGACUGGAAUUAGAGUCCUUAGAUAGACAAGUUUUUGGGCCCUCGCCGCCCAGCGAGCAGCAGUGCGAUUGCAUCCUCUCCAAAAGGGAAAGUGAAAUUGCUGAGAGCGAAACGGAAACGGAAGUAGCAAGAUGUAGUCCAGCAGCGGAUGUCUUCGUUUGGGAGAAUCCAUUGCAUUCGCUGCAGCAACGUCAUCAUCCAGCUACUCCGGACGAACAGGCCGAGCUGGAGUAUGACGGCGAGAUCUUGGAGGAUCAAAAUGGCGUCAAAUCCGUUACUCCAAUAAGAUUACUCAAGCGUACAGCUAGGUCAGUUAAAAGUUCAGUUCUUCGAGAAUCCCGUAAUCGUCUCGCAGUGUCGCGAACGAAUACGGUAGAAGGAACUAUUUCCAGAUCGGAGUCUGCGUCGGAUAGUGAGGGCAACACCGACAGCUGGCACCAGAAUACGACAGCUCCCGACAGUCCGACUCCACCGAUCCAGGAACACUGCGAAGAGGCUACGGAAUUGACCAAUCUAAUUCCGGCCGGCACUAGUGAGGAUCAACUUGGUGGUGGCUCAUUACCACCACCCAAUGAAUUCGGUGGUGGAAAUCCAUUCCUUAUGUUCCUCUGCAUUACCCUGUUGUUGCAACAUCGUGAUUUUGUGAUGCGGAAUCAAAUGGACUACAAUGAAAUGGCAAUGCAUUUCGACAAGAUGGUCAGACGACAUAAUGUCACAAGGGUGCUCAAUCAAGCUCGGCAGCUUUUUGCGGGAUAUCUUAGAAGACAUUCUGCACCUGGGAGACCGGACUAUGUAAAUGUCUAAGGUAAUUCCUGUCCAAAGCCUUCUUUUGAGAUUAAUCUGAAUCGAACCGUUAAAAUUCUUGCACUUGCGUAAAUACUUAAUUAGAACAUUUCUUAAUGGAACUUGGAAUCUUGGUGCUCUUGCCCUUUCGAUGUAUAUUCCAAGUUACGAAAGACUAAGAGAGGCUAAAAAGUGUUAAGCUUUUUGAUCUUUCUCUGUCAACGUGACACCCCAACAUAAUCACAUAAUCACACAUUACAUUCACACGCGAAACACUAAAAUUUAAUGGAUGCACAGUUGCAUUAUCCCAGAGAAUACCUUUCCUAUUAGAGUUAAGUUUUUAGCUUAAAUUUGUAAAAUAAGUACUACUAUCUAUAGUUGCUGAACCUUAUUUUGUUCUUCAAGAAUGUGCUUAAGGAACGACAAUAAAGUGCAUUUAAUUUUAUCGCAUAUA